AUGACUGAACCGCCAAACUCUGGCUCCCUGUCGGAUCCGUUCCAGCCUAACAUUGGAACCAGCUCGACAUCACGAAGAACUUCAACAGAUAGCUUUGAUUCAGUACUUUCUUGCACAAAAUCUACUCGAACAGUCAACACGAACGAUUCUUGCUCAUCAUUUCCCCCAUCACCAUCGGCAUCCCAAACGACUUUCGAUAAUUCCGACUGGAACCUUGACGAAAGAUAUACGAUCAAGAGCUCUCCUGACGCCUUUUCGGCUAGCAUUUGGAAAAGAAAACGGCCUACUCGUUUACUUCUCCCUCAGCACGAGCCCAGACGAAGCCAGUUGACAAUUAGCGAAACAUCGAUCAGUUUUGAAAUAUCUAUUGAGCUUCCAGAAUUUUCUCCGGAUUCGAUUACGGUAGCUCAACGCAGAGAAGAUCACUCAAUUCACAUCGUAGCAGAUCAAGUAAACGGCGAGAACACAGGCCAUUACGAGCGACUUAUCAAGCUACGAGGACGCGACUCCGAAUCAUCCCCUAGUAAAGAAGUCACCAGCAAAUUUGACAGCUCUACAAGUAUCCUUUCUGUCCGAGUAAUCAAAUUGGGCUAUUCACGAAUUCGUCAACACGCUGUAGUUUGUGACAACGGGAGUGGCCUCACGGGCAACAAAACAUAUCGAUUAAUCCUUUAA